UCAAGUAUGGUCUCGCCACGAACUAUCCAAUAGUGAUUGGUGCCAAGCCUGGUGAUCGUCGAUAUUUCCGUGGACGCAUCUCUUGUCUUCAAGUAUAUCGCAGAGUAUUGAAUGGACGUGAGAUAAGAAUGCGAAUGAAGACUUGUUUCCGCCCAUCACCACCACCAAGAGUGUGUAAACGACGCGUUGACCUUGGUUUCGUCAUCGACGUCUCUUCAUCGGUUGGCCGUCGUAAUAUACGAAACAUACGCCUUUUUGUGUGGGACAUGAUUCGACGUUUUGUCAUCUCAUAUAGACGUACACGCAUUGGAAUAAUUGUGUACUCAUCUAUAGCAAGACGAAUCCUCAGUUUUAAUCAAAUACUGAAACCGCGACACCUGAAACGCUUGCUGCUAAGAGUUAGGUAUUGGGGUGGACAUCGGUACACUGGCAGAGCUCUCUUGUAUGCAAGAAGAUAUCUGUUUCCAGGAAAUCCAAGAUGCGGAAGAAAGAGGGUUGUGAUUGUACUUACGAGUGGAAGAUCCAGAGAUGGGGUGCUUAACCCUGCCAGGAGCUUGGCCGGAAAAGGUGUUGAGUUAUUUGUGGUCCUUUCAUCAAGACACGCCGCACGACAAAUGCGUGCAAUUACAACUACAAGACAACACUUAUACAUUUCAUCCUACAACAAUCUGGUUCGCAUUACAGACAAAUUAAGGAACAAGAUUUGUGUUACUCCACAAGUUGCUGUUAAGUACCGACCUGUUGUUUUCUAUAAAUUUACAAGUGAAACUGCCAGACGUGACUCAAGUAGAAACAAAAAUCCUAAGGCCAUUUUCUCGAACGUACUAUACAAAGCUGGUCCUGAUAAGCAUCCACAAGGUUCCUUGUCUUUUAGUGGUCGACGAAACAGCUAUGUGUAUAUUCCAAACAGUGGUUGUCUUGAUACUCGAUCUUCGAUCACAAUCCUUGGAUGGGUGUAUCCAGAUCGUCCUGGUCCUAUUUUCCAUUUCAAUCCACGAUCAUGGGGCUUGCAUGUCUGGAUGACAACAGCAGAAACGUUGUUUGCGCGAUUCGUGGGACGCAGAGGAAAACCAAGUCCAUACUUGGUAAAACGAGGAUUUAAACGACUGAAGUGGAACUAUUUUAGCGUGACUUACAAUCAUAAAACUGGAGUGGCAAUGCUUUGGCGAAACUCACACCCAAUAUUGCGUAGAAAUAUCGGUCGAUUUAGAUGGGGUCUCGCUACGAAUCAUCCAGUAGUGAUAGGUGCGAAGCCGGGUGAUCGUCGAUAUUUCCGUGGACGCAUUGCUUGUUUGCAAGUUUUUGGUUAUGCACUGAAUGCACGUGAAAUAAGGAUGCGAAUGAAGAAAUGCUUUAGAGUUCCACCACCUACACCACCACCGCCGCCACCAAUUCCAGUUUGCAAACGCCGUGUUGAUAUUGGGUUCCUCAUCGAAGUCUCUUCGCGUGUUGGACGUCGAACCAUUCCUUACAUCCGACGCUUUGUUAAAUACAUCAUUCAAGGAUUCAAAAUCUCACAUCGGCACAUACGUGUUGGCGUGGUAAUAUAUUCCUCAAGUAGCCGAAGAAUUAUUAGUUUUACUCAAUCUAGAAGUCGUGCACAUGUGUUUGGAAUUAUUCACAAGAUCAGAUAUCUUGGAGGGWAAWCUUACACUGGAAGAGCCCUUUAUUACGUUAAGAAAUAUCUGUUUUCUGGAAGACCACAGUGUGGAAAGAAGAGGGUUUUGAUCGUGAUUUCYAGUAGUGUUUCACGGGACCGUAUUGUACGACCAGCAAAGAAACUACGUUCGGUUGGUGUUGAGACAUUUGUAAUUGUGACAAAUGUAAGAGCAUACCGCACUCUUCGAGUGAUUGCCACUACUAGAACACACGUGAUUAUGGCGUCUUACCGAACAAUCGUGAAAAUUGUACGUCGUUUAGCGAUCAGGAUUUGUAAAUCUCCGCCAGCUGUUGUACGUAGAGGUGCUGUAGCAAUAUAUCAAUUAACAAGUGCAACUGGACGACGUGAUUCAAGCAGAAACAAGAAUUCACCCGCCACGUUUGUGGGCGUCAAAUACGCCACUGGACCAGAUCGUCAUAAACACGGUGCAAUUCGGUUUAGCGGAAGACGUAACAGUUACGUGUUGAUUCCUAACAACGGCUGUCUUGACACACAAUAUUCGAUCACAAUCUGUGGAUGGGUGUAUCCUGAAAGCGCAGGUCCUAUCUUCCACUACAACCCACGUCAUUGGGGCUUGCAUGUGUGGAUGACAAGAGCUGACGAAUUCUUUGUGCGAUUUGUUGGUCGUAAUAAUAGACGAAGUCCAUAUCUGAAAAGACGAGGAUUUCCACGACGAAAGUGGACUUACUUCUGCACGACUUACGACAGUCGAUCUGGAAUUGCAACGAUUUGGCAGAACUCUCGUCUAGUAGUGCGCAGGAAUAUCGGUCGAUUCAAGUAUGGUCUCGCCACGAACUAUCCAAUAGUGAUUGGUGCCAAGCCUGGUGAUCGUCGAUAUUUCCGUGGACGCAUCUCUUGUCUUCAAGUAUAUCGCAGAGUAUUGAAUGGACGUGAGAUAAGAGCCUUGAUGAAGAAAUGCUUUAGAGGUCCUCUUCCAACACCAAAACCACCAACACCAAAACCACCAACACCAACGUCGCCUCCUAAACCUUGUGCUUCUCGUGUCGAUGUUGGUAUCCUUUUGGAUGGAUCCGGGAGCAUUGUGCGUAACGCCCGAGGCAACUUCAGACGCCUUAUUGACUUCAUAAAGGUGUUUUUAUCUUUCUUCCCAUUCAAACGCCGUCAGACCCGCGCCGGUGUGGUAUUGUUUUCUAACAGACCRUACUUAAUUUUCGGAUUUAACCGGUAUAGAUAUGCACGUCAAAUCUACCACAAGAUAGAUAGAAUCAGAUAUCCACGGGGAAGAACAUAUCUCGGUAAAGCAUURAGAUUCACUUCUAGGCGCUUGUUCAAAGGACGAGGUGCUCGUGGAAGGAAGAGGUUCCUUCUCGUUCUAACUGACGGAAUUUCCGUUGACUCUGUGCGUGCUCCUUCUGUUUCUCUUCGUCGACGUGGUGUCGAGAUUGCUGUUGUUGGUGUUGGCGCAAGGCUAAGACCACRUCAACUUCAUGAAGUUGCUACAUCUCGUAGACAUGUAUUUACGGUCGGAUUCAAGAAACUUGUGCAUCGACGUAUACUUGGUAGUCUCAAUAGCUUGGCAUGCAAUCCUUUUACACCAACCCAAGCCCCUCCUCCAACUAAAGCUUGUGUCAAGAAGGUCGAUAUUGUUUUUGUUAUUGACGGCUCAAGUUCAGUGGGAAGCGACAACUUUAGGAAAAUCAUAUUAUUCCUGAGAAAGAUUGCUAAGGGUUUCUAUGUCUCCAAAACAACAAGUCGUUUUGGUGUCAUUACUUACUCUUCCAGGGCAAGGGUCAACUUCAACUUUGAACGAUACACUGAUGGAAAGACACUGGACGUAGCUCUUCGCAAAGUGACAUAUCCCCGCGGUGGUACGCGAACAGGUUUGGCCUUGACUAUGGCUAAAAAGUUGUUUAACCGAAGYAGGAAGAGAAAACGAACUCUUGUUGUUUUGACUGAUGGAAGACCUGGUGACGACGUAACAGAACCAAGUAAAGAGCUCAAAAAAGCCAAUGUAGACGUUUUUGCCAUUGGUAUUGGAAAGAAGAUCGGCGUCGAUGACCUUAGAAAAAUCGCUUCGGAUAACCGCCACAUCUACAUGGCCUCUUUCAAAACUCUACAAACUAUUAUUAAGAGCUUGACUAAGAAGAUCUGCAAAGGGGUCAGACCCACCAUACCAACAAGACCUGUUUCGACGCCUACCACAAGACCUUCAGGAUUUCCAAACCCAAUUGCUGUGUAUCCACUGGACAUCCACAGUAAAACAAGUGAUAUCAGUCGAGGUCGAAACACACCAGGUAUCCCGUACAGUAUCCGAUACUACCCGGGACCAUACUACAGACCAAACAAGUCUACAUACUUUUAUGGCCGUCGAUCUUCUUUGAUAAGAUUCCCAAAUAAGGGUAAUCUAAACACAAGGUUCUCCAUUACUCUUAUCGCUUGGAUCUUCCCAGAAAGACGUGGUCAAAUCUUCGAGUUCAUUGGGGGCGUAAGCCUAAAGGCAAGCAGGACUGACACGCUAUAUUUCCGUGUUGAUCCAAAGCAGCCUGCUCUAACUGCAAAGAUGUUACACCCAAGGAAGUGGAACUAUAUCGCCGCUACGUACAGUUUUAAAACUCAGACUGCUAUUCUUUGGCGAGAUUCACUUCCCAUUGCUCACAGACACAUCAAACGCUCGGUUCUUAAAACAAAGGGAUCGGCAUUCAUGGGAAGAUACUUUAAGGGACGAAUUAUGUGCAUGCAGGUGUACAAAAUUGCAUUACAUCGUCGACAGAUUGAGAGACUCAAGCAUCUCUGUACAAGACCAGUUCAUACUCCAAGACCAACAGGUCCAAUAAGAUUACCACCUGCUUUGGCUUUCUAUCCUUUGAAUGUUCGAUACGGAGGAAAAGACAUCAGUCGAAGUAGAAAUCCACCUGGUCGCUUUGGUAACGUACGUCCUGGUGUUGGUCCAGACAGAGUUCCUGGUGGGUCAAUUCGAUUUAAGGGACGCAGUGACAGCUACAUAGAGUUCCCUAACCGUGGGCGCCUCACUGCUCGAGAUUCAAUCACUCUUCUCGCUUGGGUGUUCCCUGAUGGUCCUGUAGGUCCUAUCUUUAAUUACAAGACCAACGGAUUUGGCGUUCACCUAUGGUUAACCCGACCAAGAGAAUUAUUUGCACGAUUCGUAUCUUCAAAAGGCUCUUUCAAAACUCCGCUUAAAUCGCGCAAGAUUCGUCUUCGAGCCUGGAACUUUGUUGGAACGACUUACAAYCAUAGGUCAGGGGUUGCCAAAUUAUACAUAAACAACAUACUUGUUGAUAAGAAACGAUUAGGAAGAUUUAGAUUACUCACAAAUUAUCCAGCCAGAAUGGGUGCUAGGACUGGCGACAACAGGCGUUUCCGUGGUCGCGUCACGUGUAUGCAGGUUUACGGUACUGCAUUGAGCGUUCGGCAAAUGAAAUUGGCUAAAGCACUUUGCUUCAGAACCAGACCUAUCAAACCUACACCUACAACAAAACCAACGAAAAAACCCACACGUUGUGACGCUGACAUCGAUCUUGGUUUCUUGAUCGACUCUUCCUCGGGUGGUUCCAGAAGAGGCUUCUCAGUGGUCAUUCGAUUCGUUAUGUCGAUUGUUCGCUUAUUUAAAAUCUCCAGACAGGAUUCUAGAGUUGGUGUUGUAACCUUCACAUCACGUUCAUACAGGAAAUUUGCGUUUACCAGCUAUUCAAAGAUAAGUUUGAUUCUGAGAGCAAUCAGUCGUCUGUCAUACCGACGCAGUCGUUACACAUAUACUGGGCGUGCCUUAAACACGGCGAAGAACUAUUUGUUCAAGGGCAGGAAAGAGUGUGGUCGAAAACGAAUCCUGAUUAUUAUUACAGAUGGUGUUUCCCGAGAUAAUAUCCGGCGACCAGCAUAUCAGCUGAGACGCGCGGGUGUUGAGAUUGUCACCAUUUCAAUCGGUAGAGCUGCAAUUCGACAGCUUCGUGUGAUUGCCGCUGACCGUCGUCAUGUAUUCAUCUCUUCAGUCUAUCGUCUUCGAAUGCUUGUGGCUCCCGUUAGAAACUUGGCUUGUCGAGUUUCUGGAUCAUUCGACGCCUCAGCUUUCUACCCACUAAACCAUCUCCAUCAAGGUAGAGAUUUGUCCAAAAACAGAAAUCCACCAGGAAAGCUGUACAAUGUACGACCUGCUCCUGGUCCUGACGGUCUUCCUCUUGGAUCGUUCCAUUUUACUGGAAUCGCAAACAGCUUCAUUCGAUUCCCCAAGAGUCGUUGUCUAGAUGCCAAGAGAUCUCUGACGAUCGUUGUCUGGGUGUAUCCUGAGGGCAGUGGCCCCAUCCUCCAUUAUCACCCUAAUUACUGGGGAUUGCAUUUUUGGAUGGCUUCAAUCGACACAGUAUUAGUCAGAUUUGUUCCACGUAAUUUCCGUUCAGUGCCAACAAUAAGUAGUCGUGGAAUUAAACCAAACAGAUGGAACUACUUGGCCAUAAGCUACGACUAUACUACCGGUGUUGCAACUAUUUGGAGAAACUCUGUUCCAAUUGCACAGAGACGAAUCGGUGUAUUUAAACUUGCAACUAAUUAUGAUGCUGUUAUGGGCAUAAAGCGUAUUGGUAGUUCACCAGCGUUUAAAGGAAGAAUCACUUGUCUCCAAAUAUAUAACAAGGCUUUGAAUGGGAGGCAAAUUGCUAGUCUCAAGAGGAGAUGUUUCAGAGCUGCUCCAACUACAAAACCAACGCCUACAUUGCCAGCGCCAGAGGUUGUAGCAAUUUACCCACUUAGUCGUACUCACAAAGGUAAAGAUGUUUCUGGUCGUAGAAAUCCGACUGGUCGAUUUGGCAGAGUUGGCUUUGCYAAGGGACCAGACGGUCGUAAGGACAGUUCUACUCAGUUCUAUGGCAAUUCAUACAGCUACAUCGAAAUUCCGAAUAGAGGUAAACUGGACGCUCGAAAAUCCAUAACCAUCCUGGCUUGGGUAUAUCAUAGCGGAAAAUCAGGRCCUAUUGUGAACUACCGUCCUGGAGGAGGUUGGGGAGUUCACUUAUGGCUGACCAGUCGACGUACUCUGUAUGUCCGCUUUGUUAGACGUGAUGGUAAAUUUACUCCGGGUCUGAUUGGCUUGAGAGGAAGAUUACCAUACAAGGUCUGGAACUACGUUGGUGCUUCUUACAAUUACAAGACAGGCUACGCCAAGAUUUGGUUCAACUCUAGAGUUGUUGCCUACAAGCGCUUAGGAAGGUUCAGCAUUGCUACACAGUAUCCAAUCAGAAUUGGUUCUCGGCGAGGCGAUCGACGUCAUUUCAAGGGACGAAUUGCUUGUAUACAGAUCUACAGCAAAGCUUUAAGAGCUUCUGAGAUAAGAGCUGCAAGGAAGAGGUGUUUCAAACCAAUACCAAUCACCCCAAAGACACCCAGAACAACUCCUACUCCAACCAAAAAACCUCCACCUCCAGUGCGACCAGCUCGCGCCUCUGCCGUCUACCCUCUCAACGAUAAGUCCCGUGCUAAAGAUGUGAGCUUGUAUCGUAAUCGUCCUGGCAUCCCUGUUGGUGUGCGAUUCGCACCAGGCCCUGAUGGAAAACCACGCGGAUCAUACCAGUUUUAUGGACAUCGAAAUAGCUAUAUAUACUUCCCAAAUAAUGGACGUAUAGAUACCAAGAAUUCUAUCACAAUAUUGGCGUGGGUUUACUACAUGGGACGCUCCGGGCCAAUCUUCCAUUAUUUCCCUAAAGGAUGGGGUGUACGUUUAUGGAUGAAAGGACGAAGAACCAUUUUUGCGACUAUUAUGAAGCGGGGACGUCGACCAAUAUUUACAAAAUCUAUUUCAUCCACGCGUAUUAAACCGYACAAGUGGCAAUAUGUUGGCAUGACAUAUGACUUCCGAACAGGAGUAGUCAAGCUAUACUUGAACAGCCGAGUUAUUGCGAAGAGGAGUAUUGGUCGGUUCCGAAUUGCUACUAACUAUCCCGUGCGAAUGGGUGUAAAGAUUGGAGACAGGAGAUACUUUAAAGGUCGUAUAUCUUGCGUCCAAGUUUAUGAUGUAGCACUUACCGCUAAUCAAAUUGCCAGAAGAAAGCGUCGUUGCUUCCGUGCAGGUGGCGGUGGUUCCGGCAAAAAACCAUGUAGAGUUAAGAAAGAUAUCGUCUUUGUCGUUGAUGCAUGUCGAAGUGACUUCCAUUACACCACCUCCAAUUUCAAUCGAGUCAAGAACUUCAUCAAAAGAAUUAUUGGCUUUUUCCGCGUCACAAGGCGAUUUGUCCGUGUGAGUGUUGUUAUUUAUGCAAACAUAAAUCGUAUUGUAGUACCAAUCAACUCCAACACCAGCAAAGGUCGCAUCUUCAGAGCAAUAAACCAAAUGAAACUCAUUUGCGGCGCAAGAUACACUGGAAAGGCAAUCCGUUUCACAAACAACGCCAUAUUUAGAUAUUCAAGACGCCCAAAGGUUAUUGUUGUGAUUACAACUGGACCAUCUAAGGAUCGUGUCUAUAGAAUAGCACAAGUUCUCAAGACAAAACGUAUCGAGUCUUUUGCCAUAGGUGUUGGUCGUCGUUAUAAAUUGCGUGAAUUACGUAAAAUCGCAACCGACAAACAUCAUGUGUACACAGUGGGCUUCAGAAACAUCGAGUCAUUGAACAUAAUCCUCAGAAAGAAAUUAUGUAGCAUUACGGUUCUACCUACCGCAAAACCAACUCGUCGACCACCAGCCAGUCGUCGUGCGGUUGCUGUAUACCCAUUGAACAACCAGGUYAAAGGACGUGACAUCAGCUUGAGCCGAAAUCCCUCUGGAAGACUUGUCAAUGUAAGACUAGCUAAAGGUCCCGAUGGAACGCGUGGUGGUGCCUACCGAUUCCUUGGAAAGAGUUACAGCUACAUUGAAUUUAGAAACACGGGUAAACUAGACACYAAGAAUUCCAUCACUCUUUUGGCCUGGAUAAAGCAUACUGGACGAACAGGUCCUAUCUUCAACUACAAUCCUAGAGGCUGGGGAGUGCACUUCUGGAUGACAUCACCCAGACAAUUGUUCGUCCGCUUUACACGACGUAACCGUCGUCAACCAGCACCUGUUGUGUACAACCACAUAAAACAUGGUCGAUGGCAGUUUGUUGGUGCCACCUACAACAAGAGAACCGGAGUAGCUAAGCUAUUUGUAAACAAUAGAUUUGUAGCGAGAAGAUAUAUUGGUAGGUUCACGUUGUCUACCAACUAUCCUGUGAGAAUGGGUGCCAAGAACGACAGACGCGAUAGAAGGUACUUCAAGGGAAGCAUCUCUUGUAUGCAGGUAUACGGUCGUGCUUUAACUCGUCGAGCUAUCUUGAGCAAGAAGAGGCGUUGCUUUAGAAGAGUUCUGCCACCGCCACCGCCUCCUCCGAGUGGUAAAGUAUGCCGAGCUAAACUUGACUUAGCAUUCUUGAUCGAUGGAUCUGGCAGCAUUGAGUAUUACGGAARAGGAAACUUCAGACGUUGUCUUAACUUCGUGAAGGGCAUGGUGCGAGCCUUCCAUAUCUCUCCAAGAUAUGUCCGUAUUUCAGCCACCAUAUUUUCAACCAGAGCACGUGGUCUAUUCAGUUUUGGAAGCUACCGCACUAAAGCACAAGUGUUAAGAGCUAUAGACCGUACGAAAUAUCCACGAGGUGGCACGAAACUCGGCCGUGCUCUGAGAUAUGUGGGAAAACAUGUGUAUAAUCGAAGUAAUCGAAAAAAAGUGCUCAUUGUCAUGACGGACGGAAUGUCAUCUGACAAACCUCGAGGUCCUGCAAGAAAACUUCGUAGAAAGGGUAUUGAGAUAUUUGCUGUGGGUAUAGGACGCAAGUACAGCAUGAAGCAACUAAUCCAAGUCGCUACUGAUAAAGCCCACGUGAUGACUGCUUCUUUCCGAAAUAUGAACUCACUUGUAAGAGUGAUCAAGARGAGAGUAUGCAAAGAUAAACCAGUUCCACCUAGACCAGCAGGAUCCUUGCGUGCCGUUGGAUUGUAUCCAUUGAAUGCCUUGCUUAAAGCACGUGAUAUCAGUAUUAGUAAAAAUCCGAAAGGAAGAUUAGGACGCGUAAUACCUGCUCCUGGUCCAGACGGUUACAAAGGAACAGCAUUCCAAUUUUUGGGAACCCGAGACAGUUUUAUUGAAUUACCAAAUCGACGAAAACUAGACACCAAGCGAUCCAUCACCAUCUUGGCUCAAAUAUUCCAUUCUGGACGCAGUGGACCAAUUGUCAACUACCAUAACAAGUUAUGGGGAGUUCACUUUUGGAUGACUGGACCCAAACAAUUGUACGUACACUACACAAGGAGACAUACACGAGGAGCUACAAAGUCAUUAUCAAGUAACAGUGUCCGGCCAAAUCGUUGGCAGUUUGUGGGCACAACAUAUAAUCACAACACUGGAAUAGCGAAACUCUAUGUCAAUGGCAGGGUCGUUCAAAGAAAGCGAAUUGGAAGAUUUAAAUUGGCCACUAACUAUCCUAUACGUGUUGGCUCUAAGAUUGGCGACAGUCGCCACUUCAAAGGAAGAAUCUCGUGUAUACAAAUUUACAACAAAGCUCUUACAGCUCGACAGAUUGCAGCACGUGCUAAAAGAUGCUUCAUGAAAAAAGAUAUACUACCAAUAAUACGACCACAUCCUGGGCCACGACCUGCCCUACCAGUUUGUAAUAAAAGACUAGAUCUUGGUAUAUUGCUUGAUGGAUCAGGAAGUGUUGGAGCCCGGAACUUUGCCCUAUGCAAAAAAUUCCUUCAGAAUCUUAUCAGCUCAUUCGCUAUUUCUCCUCAUAAAACGCGAGUUGGAUUGGUUGUUUAUAACAGCCGUACUUUACCGAAAUUCAGGUUUGGCCGGCACAGAAACAAACACAGCUUGAUACGAGCAAUAGGAAAAAUCCGAUACCCACGUGGUGGUACAAAGACUGGGGCUGCUUUGCGGUAUACUAAAAGAUACUUGUUCCGUUCAAGCCGCAAGAACCGCAUUCUCAUUGUAUUAACGGAUGGUCGCUCUUAUGAUAGUGUAACUAGGCCUUCCGCUACGCUCAAACGAAUGGGUAUUCGAAUAAUGGCACUUGGACUAGGAAAACGAUAUAACCGAAAACAACUCUUCCAAAUGGCAUCCAACCGGCGAUUCGUGUUCACUGCUCAUUUCAAGAACCUUGGCUCAAUGGUUAGAACCUUAAAAGAGAAAGCUUGCCUAGGACCUGUUAUACCAGUUCGUCCAGGAGGAAAAGUUUGCCGCAAACGAAUAAACCUUGGAAUCUUGAUCGAUGGUUCUGGAAGCAUUGAACACUAUGGACGUGGAAACUUCCGACGGUGCCUUACGUUUGUUCGAGAUCUAGUGAGAUCAUUUGUUAUUGGUCGUCGUCAUACGAGGGUUGGAGUGGUAUUGUUCUCUAGCAAACCAUACAAGAUAUUUGGCUUCAGGAGAUACUACAAAUCCAAAGACGUCAUAAAGGCUGUUUCUCGCAUUCCGUAUCCGAGACGUGGAACUAGAACAGGACGUGCUCUUCGGUUUGCUAAACGGUUCCUGUUUAAAAAUACUAAAGGCAGGAAGAAUACACUCAUUGUGAUGACUGACGGUAAAUCGCAAGACAAUGUUGUAGGCCCUGCAAAUGCUCUUCGUGCUUCUGGUGUUCGUGUAAUGUGUUUGGGCAUUGGACGUAAAUACAAUAUCCGCCAACUUAGACAGAUCGCUUCCAGCUCUCGGGAUGUCUUUACUGCAGGAUUCAAGUCUAUGAAUUCUGUGGUGAGAGUUAUCAAGAAAAAGGCCUGCGGAACUUCAGGAAUUCGGCCGCUACCCCCACCACGCCCAAAACCAUUCCGCUACUACCAUGUGGGUUGUUUCAAGGACCGUCAUAGGCGCGCGAUGAGACACUACCUCGGCAACUUCACAAAGUCUAGAAAUGCAAUUCAAAAAUGUGCUAGAGAAGCAAAGCGAAGAGGCUACAAGGUGUUUGCUUUGCAGCAUGGUGGACACUGUUUCUCUGGUCGUACAGCUGAAAGAACAUACAAUCGAUAUGGACGCAGCAAAAAGUGCCGACACUGGAAAGGUGGAUUCUGGGCAAAUGAUGUGUACAAAAUUGGACGUCGACCUCCUGUAAGACCAUUACAAUACUACUUUGCUGGGUGUUACAAGGAUAGACAUAAGCGUGCACUGAAACACUAUCUCGGUAACUUCACAAAAUCUCGACAUGCAGUUCAAAUUUGUGCUAGGAAAGCAAAGAGAAGAGGCUACAAGGUGUUUGCUUUGCAGCAUGGUGGACACUGUUUCUCUGGUCGUACAGCCAAAAGAACAUACAAUCGAUAUGGACCUAGCAAUAAGUGCCGACACUGGAAAGGUGGAUUCUGGGCAAAUGAUGUCUUCAUAUUUGGUCGUAAGCGAAAACCAAAAAGAAAGUGGCACUUCCGCUUUAUUGGUUGUUACAAACGUCACCCCGCAGGCUCUAAACUCGCGAACUUCCGACAUGUUCCACAUCCAGUAAGAAGAUGCGCUAAGUUGGCCAGGAGACGAGGAUAUAAGGUGUUUGGUAUGAGCGACCGCGGAAAAUGCUUCUCAGGACCGCGUGCACAUUUGGCAUACCGACGUCGAUUGCGAGGCUGUGGUAAUUUGCGUGAUAUGCGUGGUAGCAGGAAAAUCACUUCAGUAUUUGUCAUUAAAAACGGUCGUGCUAGACGCCACUGGAAUUAUCGACGUCGUGAAUGGCUUCUUCGACACAGAAAAUAUCAAAAUCAUCACGCGAGAAGGCUGAAGCGUCAAAGAUGGCUGAAGCGUCAAAAAUGGCUGAAGCGUCAAAGAUGGCUGAAGCGUCAAAGAUGGCUGAAGCGUCAAAAAUGGCUGAAGCGUCAAAGGCUCAGGCGUCUACGAAAACAUCGACAAAGGAUGGAGAGGCUCAGGCGUCUACGAAAACAUCGACAAAGGAUGGCGAGGCUCAGGCGUCUACGAAAACAUCGACAAAGGAUGGAGAGGCUCAGGCGUCUACGAAAACAUCGACAAAGGAUGGCGAGGCUCAGGCAUCUACGGCGAUUAAGGAUGCUGAAGCAAAAACGUCUACGACAACAUCGACAAAAGAUGGCGAGGCUCAGGCGUCAGAGGAGAUUAAGAGCAAAAAGACGGAGAGAACGCAGAAGGCGAAGACGUAGGAGAAGACGUAGGCGAAGACGUAGGCGAGGACGUAGGGGAAGACGUAGGCGAAGACGUAGACGAAGGAGAGGCAAAAAGAGGGGCUCUAUCGAACGUUUAGCAAACUCCAUUGACCUAGGAAAUGAUUACAGUGGUGAAGCAUCCAGUGGUGACGUACCUGAUGAAGCAUCUAAACAAUCCAUUGAUCCCCCUAUCAAUAGCCAGGACAACACUAUAGAUCCUCCUUCAAAAGAAUUGGAUGACUUACAGAAGAGACGCACAAUAUCUAAAGACAACAUCAAGACGGUUAAAGGUACCCACACACCGGACUACUACUGGUCGUUCGAAGGAGCGGAGCCCACAUCAGACAUAAUACACGAUCAGAAAGCAGUGCUUGAGAAUGGUGCUAAUAUUGUAGUUAGUCAUGGAAAGGGUAGAGUUGUUGAUACAAAAACGUCUGAUAAGGCGUCGCUAUCACUUGGGGAUUUCAAAGGCAAGUGCUUCAGUGAUCCAAGCAAAUGCAAAGGCAAAGGACUGACCAUUAUGACGUCACUCAAGCUCGACCAAUCAACGCUGUCUAAGACAUCUAGUUCAUACAUUAUGUCAUCUGGUGGUCAAACCACUAGAGCACGUGGCUUUGCAUUGGUUCACAUCAACAAUCAAUAUGUAUUGAUCUUGGGAACUGAAGGCAAGCAGUGGAUGGUCAAAACGCCAACUAUGCCCACUGAUUGGUUCAAACUGGCGUUUACUUGGAAGAAUGAUGGUGAUCUCAAGUUGUAUGUCAAUGGUAAAAUGGUGGCUAAUGGUAAACCUACAAAUGUCUUGCGUAGUAAGGAUGAGUUUACUACCUUGACGAUGGGAAGACCUAACAACUCUAACACCAACAAAUACAGACUUGGACUUGAGGUGCACAAUGUUGCAUUGUGGGAAAGCGCUCUAACUGAUCAGCAGAUAGUUGACAUUAUGACAUCCGGUGUGAGUAUCUCCAAAAAGAAGGAUAAACCGCAACCCACAAAAUCAAAGACCACCUAAGCUAUAAAGGUCUAACGAUGAACCAAUAGAACAAUUACCACAUUAAUCAUAUUUAUCUCAAUUCAUCCUAUAUACUUAAAUCAUUUGCUUACUUUGUUAUUUGUAGUAUGAAUUAAUAAGUCCAUGACUUGAAAACCCGCUUCUGUAUAGAGGCUAAUCAUUGUCUUUAAGACUGAUAGUAGAUGUAUUUAUUAAUAUUAGCUGUCGCUGAAUCCUAAUAAAGACGCAAGUCAAAAAUC